CCGUCUCCAUCUCCACCACCAGCCAUGGUGCUCCUCACAAUGACCCCGGGCAUCGUCCGGGCCGUCGCCAAAGCAGCAGAACUUUCGCCAGACGCCGUCCACCUCGCCGACCCCAAACCAGGGAACCCCAUCUCGCACAGCCAGCUGAUCUCCCUCUCGAAGCUCCUCAAAGCACAACCACCCACAGACUCCGACGAUGACGCCCCCACCCUCGCCGCCCUCCUCCAAAACACAACCCUUUACACCCCACCACCAGCCCCCAAGCCCGCCCAAACCCCCGCCUACACCGCCUUGAUGGCCCGCCUGCGCGCCCAAGAGGAAGCCCGCUCCUACGAACGCAUGCUGCACCCGCCGCCGACGCGCGAGUCAUUCAACCAGCGUUUCCCCAGCGCCCCGCACUUCUCCGUCGGCGCCCUGCACACGUCCACGUCCGAAGAAGACGACGUGUCGUAUGAAGAAGUACAUCGCCAGAUCAUCUUGAUCAUCAAUGUCAUUGUGUCGAUUGUGUGUGUUGCCGUGUUUGUGUGGGUUGCUGCGCGGCAUUGGACUGUGGGGAAACGACUGGGUCUGAGUAUGGGGAGUAGUGGCGCUGUUGCCAUUGCAGAGGUGGUUGUGUACAGUGGCUAUGUGCGGAAGGUGCAGGAGGCGAAGAGGCUGGAGAAGAAGAAGCCCGAGAUCAAGGAGAUUGUCGCUAGUUGGAUCUUGGACAAGAGCGGCGAGGUGAAGGAUGCAGCAAGUGCAAAGGAGAAAGAGGGGGAUGGAGUGAGAUUCAGAAAGGGCAAGCACCGCUGA